ACUGAGCCUCAUUCUUCCACUGAAACCUUCUCCUGCGCGCAUGGGACGCACACUUCUCUCGAUCAGAGGAGAAACACGCACGGAGUUGGAGCAGUCGAUUGUUUGUGUUUAAAAAAAAAGCUAAUUUAAUGAAUGGUGUAUUUUCACUGGAUAUAGAAUGAGAGGCUGAAGAGGAGCGUUUGUUUACUCGAUUAACGAGGCUCUUUUUUUGGUCGUUUCGGUGACAUCAAAACACCCAAUGGAUCAGGAGGACACAAUGGACUUCAAGGCCCUAAGGGCCAAGUUCCAAGAUCAGGACCUCCUGAAGCAAUACAAAGUAAAACCUGCUCUCCCAGACAAACCAAAAGUUGUCCCUCCUCCACAAAGCCCCCCUCAUUACCUCCCCGCAGGAGCGCGCCCCUCCCUCCUCACCUCCAUCAGCCAGAGUUUGGAAGGAAAGACUGCCAUCGCCCCAAGAGUGAUCUUCAAGGAGGAAAAGGAGGACAAGAAGGAGAGCAAAAAACCUCUCAUCCCAACUAAGGGAAAGGACAAGAGUGAAGGAAAGACAAAAGCAAGUAAAGAUAAGACAAAGAAGCUUGAUGAAGAUUCGUCGGAUCAGAAGCAGAAAAAGGAGAAUGGUAAGGACAAGAAGAACUUAUUGGUGCUGCCUGGAGCACAGAAGGAAGCUACGGCUGAGCUGGUGCCGGCCAACCCUCCCCCUAAAUCCACAAUGUCAAAGAAGAAGGGUUUCCUUGGUUUCAUAAAAUCCUCAAAAAGAGAUUCGAUGGACAUCACCCCAGAGCCAAUCCUAGACACUCCGAGCUCAGAUGCCCCUGGAGCAGUUCCACUCAUUCCAGUGCCUCCUGACUUUAGUAACGCGCCACUAGAGCCAGAAAUCCAGGCACCACCAUCCCUUCUACCCAACAGCUUCACCGUACCUGAGUCCAGUGCUGCAGGGGAAAUUGCCUCACCCUCCACUAUCCUGGAAACUUCAGACGCCAUCUCACCUGCUGCAAUUACACCUGUUAUCCCAGUACCUGAAAUCCUUACCCCAGAGAGUAACAUCCCUCUUGAGAUUGAAGAUCCUGCCUUGACAGUUUCCAGACCGUCCAGCCAAAAUGGAAUUAUCCCCAAACCACUGAGCGCCGCGCCCACCCCUCCGCCAAGGUCUCCUGAGCCUGAGAUUGCAACUGAAACUGCUGCAGAGGCUGUAAAAGCAGCCGCAGAGCCUACUUCAGCUCCUACGUCAGCUCCACCGUCAGCUCCACCGUCAGCUCCACCGUCUCCCAAACCUGAGCGUCCCAUCUCAGCACUCUCUGCCCUGGAGAGGGCGGAGGACAUGAGCCCUGGAAAGCCAACACCCCCUGUUGACCAGAGGAUUUUCAAUGCUUUGGAGAAGGCUCGGAGGAAGACCACCAGCACCUCGGCAAACUCCACUCGACCCUAUUCCAUCUCCCCUCCAUCUGAGGAGCUUUCCCGUCCUCAGAGCCCCUCCAAUGCUUUCCCAGAGCUCCCACCCAUCGAUUAUGAAGACCGAGCUGGAAAAGCUCUCCAGUCGAAACCAGCAGAAAUCAACGGCCUCGACCACCGACAAACCUCCCCAGUGCUGGAAGGGAUUGCUGAGGAGGGGACUGAGGCUAUCCCAGAGCUGCUAUUGAUCCCCCCUCCUCCACCCAGACAGCUCCUCCCAGAGCCGGAGUCUGCGGGUCCUGCACCAGAGAAGCCUCCCAGACCUCCCUUUGUCAACCUGAAUGAAUUCAUUCCUCCUCCUCCUUUGGAAGAUAAUGAGAUCCCUGCUCCUCUUGAGUUUUCAGAGACAGACACCAUGGAUGUCCCAGAGUUUGACGAUGUUGUUUCAGACACCUAUUCCCCCGAGCAGCCUUCUUCAGAGUGGGGCAACGAGGAGCACACAGUUCCAGAUGUUCUGGACACAAACAGCCUGCCACAGUAUUACAGUAACGGGAUAACUCUUCCAGAAACCGAGAUUUCAGAGCCGGCAUUUGGAGAUGAAUACCAAUAUAAUCUGCCAGUAGAAACCUCCUUCUCUUUCCCUCAGGACACCACUCCAGUGGCAGAGGUUCAUACUGUUGACGGCAACUGCCCAACUGAGAGCGCAGAAACCACGUAUGAGGACAUCUCCACGUCUGCCAGCAAAAAGAAGGGAAAGAGUGAUGGGGGCAAGAAGCGCAAAGGAACACCAAAAAAUCCAUACGCUGAGGCACCACAGGAAACAGUGAGCCCCUCUACUCAAGAGAAAGUCAAGAUGGGCAGGUUCGGCAAGAGCGAAAAGAAAGCUGCUGCAGAAGGGCCGGAUGAGAAACAACUGAAAAAAAAAGAAAAGCAGCGUCUGGAAAAGGAGAAGAAGGAGCUGAAGGAGAAACAAGAACGGGAAAAGAAGGAGCAGAAGGAAAGAGAGAAGAAGGAGAACGAGCUGAAGAAGAAAUUCAAAAUCACGGGACAGGAAGAUGCCCUGUACCAGGCCAAAGUGACUGUGACCACAAAGGGCCGCAAGAACGAUCUGCCCGUCAAGUGUGAAGACGUCAUCAGCAUCAUCCGAACAACCAAUUGCCCCAAAGGGAAGUGGCUGGCCAGGGACAGAGAUAACAACUACGGGUAUGUUUCAGUGGAUCACGUUGAGCUGGACAUCAAGGAGAUGCUGGAGCUGGGAAAGAAAACUAUCCACAGACCUAGCAACAGUGUUCCUGACACAGAGGUGGAUAGCCCAGAUAAAAUGGCCUCCAACCACUUUGCACACUCUCAAGAAAGUUUCACAGACGACAGUGAGGAGUGGACCGGUGAUGAAGAUGACACCCUCUCCCCUACUACAGAAACUGCAGAUCCACUGGCUUCAGUGGGUCACAGCAGGACUCUCUCCAUGCCAGAUAUGGGACAAAAAGACCUUAGCAUAAACCACCAGCACAGUCACAGUGACAUCAGCGGCGAGGGCUCUCAUAUCCAAGCGAGACAUGAAGCACUUCACAAGUUGACAACUUUCUUCCAUUCACCAAAACCUGUGGAGGCGCCUGCCAGCAGCGAUGAACAAGACACAACAGGUCCUGUGUUUGCGACCGAGGAGACGGCUCACGAGGAGACGGCUCAAGAGCCUGAGGCCAGUCCAACACAGGAAAUAAGUUUUGAGCUUCCUGAGAUGAUCAUCUUGCCUCCUCCUGAGUUCGAGUGACCAACGCACAAGCUGAACGUGCAGCGGGUGGAGCUGGAUUUGCCUGUGGUUUUAUUCUUUGGAACUUCGCCUUCCCGGCUACAACCUGACUUCCUCUGUGAUUUGAUUUAUGGAUCCAUAUGAUGAUUUACAAGAAUGAGCGACACCGUGAGGGACACUCAGUGAGGGACAGUCUGGCGGGUGGCUCUGGGUGACUUUGUAUUUUUGGACCAAGGUGAAUUGCUGAUUCCGGGAAAGGACUUGGAGAUUUGCAUACAUCCACAAAUCUUCUAGGCACUGUGACCCCGAAGGUUCUUUAAAGGAAAAUUACAUUUGAUAAUUGACAUAUUAAAGAACCCACCAAGUAGCUGAAUAUUUAUCUGACAUAUAGUAGAUUCAAAGCUAGAUAUCCUGUGCUCUUAUCAUUUUACAGAGUUUCUAGCAAAGAAAUGAAAUGGAAAUGAUUGUGUUACUGUUCGCGUCACAGUGUUUAAACAGGCUCCGUUUUAAUACGUGAUUUUAAAUACCAUUAUCUUUAAUUGGACGCAAAUAAACGACGUUCUGCUACUGCCAUUUGCUCUGUAUUGAUCAUAGGUGCACCUGCUGGAGGGAAACAUUGUCCAUAAACUUCAUUUACUUUGCUUUUUAUGGAGCUGGUGUCAUAGCAGGUGUGACAUUUAUGUGAUGUCUAAUGCUUUUUUCAUAAACUGAUGAAUAAUAAGUAUUAAUAAGAACGAGCUUACGUUUAUGUAAUACAGUGUUGUUGACGUCUAAGGGUGUAUGUUUGUCUGCGUGCCCGUGAGUGUAAAAUCUCAAAAAGCGACACAAAUACUUCGGUUUUAUAUAUAUAUAUUUGUUUAUUGUUUUUCAAUAAAUACUCAUUAAAGUGCAAAUCAUAACAGCAA